CAAAAAAUCAACUGUGUCUUCAAGUACCACUUGAGUGUCUGUCUAUCUACCAUUAGUUUCUUCUAGCAGAGUGAGAUACAUACCAAAUGAAUGAUGGAUCACCUUAAACCAAAAGAUCCAUCAAUGGCUUGCUAUUUUCUACUGAAUAUCACGAUCAUCCUGUCCUCUUCUCUCUUUCCUGUUUGUGCUAGUGAAGACAUUUUGAGAGCAGGCGAAUCAAUCAACACUAACCAAACCUUAACUUCAGCUGGUGGAAAUUUUGCGUUAGGCUUCUUCAGUCCAGGCAAUUCCACCAACAGAUACAUUGGCAUAUGGUACAAAACAAUCUCCAAACAAACAGUCAUAUGGGUUGCUAAUAGAGAAAACCUUCUUGCCCAGAAUUCUACAGCUGUUUUCAGGCUCGGUGAUGAUGGGAAUCUUGUGAUUUUUUAUGGAAGAGGACAAGUAGUCUGGUCAACAAAUGCAACAAUUCUCAUUUUGGCCAUAGACUCCACAGUUGCACAGCUUUCAGAUAAUGGAAAUCUCGUUCUGAGACUGGGUGACGACACUUUAUUAUGGCAGAGUUUUAAUUGAUAAUCCAGCUUACAGGAAAGGGUACCUAUUGCAACGUUUCUUUUAUGGCGUUUAUGAAAAACGCCAUUAUAGAUUAGUUUAUAUACAACGUUUUCGAAACGUUGUAUCUGAUCUCAGUAAAACGGCACCGUUUGGGUCAAUUAGUUGACACCGUUCAAUACUCCGUCCCUUCCAAAACGUCUCUCACUCUCACUCUCACUCUCACUCUCACUCUUCCACAACUCAGACUCACUCUCUCUCGCUCAGAAACCCAUCCGAUUUGAAGCUCAAAAACCCUCACUCACUGAUUUGAAGCUCUCACUCUCGCUCGAUUUCAAACACUUUCGCUCUCUCGAUUUCAGAUCUGUCGAUUUCAGAACUUGUUGCAGAUUUUGAAGCUCUCACU